UGAGUUCCGUAGACUCGGUAUUUGUUUAUGAACAUCCCGAACAUCCGGAAAUCCAUAAAAUGGAUUGGCAAUUUUUCAUAAAAGGUUUCCUCGAAGAUCAUCCAUGCACCAGUGCCCCACCAGAUACCAUGUAUGCCCUCUUAUGGUCAAUGUGUGCGGUUUUUGGCAUAGUAUUUGUGCUGCUUGGUUACCGCUGCCUGCGUGCCGUGGGUUUUCUAACCGGAGCCUUUAUUGGCAUUAAAGCUGUGGCCAUGAUGCGUAUCUAUAUCACGGGCUAUUUAGGUGAACCGGCCGAUGCUGCCUCAUCUCUUGUCGGUGGCUUAGUGGGUGCUGUACUCGGUUCCACAUAUCCGGUGGCAACAUUUUUCAUAUCGGCCUUUGCCGGUGUGAUUUUGGCCGGUGCUGCCAUGGCGGUAUGUGUGGCCACAAUGCCGGAUAAUGAAUUUGGGCAAAUCGAAAUAGCUGUGGCCUUAAUUGGCGGCGCCAUUAUUUGUUCGGUUCUAACGUUGUGCAGUGCAAAAUAUGUGACAAUUUUAACGACAAGUGUGGUGGGAUCGGCCAUGAUCAUAUGUUCGGUGGAUUUCUUUUUGCAUGGUCUGCAAUUGACCACAUGGCUCUUCAAUAUGAAACCCCACCCAAAUCCACCCGCCUGCUAUGGUGGCAUUUUGAUCUUUGCCUGGCCCAUUAGCAUAAUUAUUGGCCUAAUGAUACAGAGUUUCAUUACCGCCUGGGGUAUCGAUCAUCGUAAACGGGUCUUUCAGAAGAGACAUCAACAGCUGGCGCGCAUGCAAUCACGACCGCGUGAAACCCGCGAAGAGGCGAGGCAGCGAAAAUUCCGUUAUCUAUAUCAGGUGCGCACGGCACGGGGUGAUAUUAUAUCGCAGAAUUUCGUAUCAGCCUUGCAAAAACGCAUCCAGCUAAGCGGCACCGAAACACCCUCAGAACGUUCUCUGAAAACCAGUUCCAAUGAACGGAAUACCUUUCGCAGUGAUCGUACACAUUUUACGACAAUACCACCCGAUUCGGAUAUGUUUGAUAAAAUCGAGAUUGUGCGUGAUAUAGCAUAACAAACGGUAUAUAAUUAUAUGUAAAGC